AUGACAAAUUUGCCAGAGGACCCAAGAUAUAUAGAUGAUGAAAAUUAUAUAUACCUUGAUAAAGACGGCAAUGCCCAAAAAAUGAUUGAGGUCACUGUACAUUGAAAUCCUGUGCCUAAGCAAGUCAUUUUAGUCACUGUUAGCAAAAAGUAUUUAAUAUUUAGUGAUUCUCUCUCAUAUCUUUGUUUCCGCAUUGGAGAAGCAAUGGAAAAGUACUCCACCUUCUCAGGAUUAACAAAUUUAAGGGCUAUAAACCUGACAAACAACCAAGUUCUUUUACCUAACUCCUUUCUUUGUGAGCUUAUAUUAUUUAAAAUUUAGGUUAUUUUGAUAAAUCUAUCAAUUAAUAAUAAUAAUAAUAAUAAUAAUAAUAAUAAUAAUAAUAAUAAUAAUAAUAAUAAUAAUAAUAAUAAUAAUAAUAAUAAUAAUAAUAAUAAUAAUAAUAAUAAUAAUAAUAAUAAUAAUAAUAAUAAUAAUAAUAAUAAUAAUAAUAAUAAUAAUAAUAAUAAUAAUAAUAAUAAUAAUAAUAAUAAUAAUAAUAAUAAUAAUAAUAAUAAUAAUAAUAAUAAUAAUAAUAAUAAUAAUAAUAAUAAUAAUAAUAAUAUAAUAAUAAUAAUAAUAAUAUAAUAAUAAUAAUAAUAAUAAUAAUAAUAAUAAUAAUAAUAAUAAUAAUAAUAAAUAAUAAUAAUAAUAAUAAUAAUAAUAAUAAUAAUAAUAAUAAUAAUAAUAAUAAUAAUAAUAAUAAUAAUAAUAAUAAUAAUAAUAAUAAUAAUAAUAAUAAUAAUAAUAAUAAUAAUAAUAAUAAUAAUAAUAAUAAUAAUAAUAAUAAUAAUAAUAAUAAUAAUAAUAAUAAUAAUAAUAUAAUAAUAAUAAUAAUAAUAAUAAUAAUAAUAAUAAUAAUAAUAAUAAUAAUAAUAAUAAUAAUAAUAAUAAUAAUAAUAAUAAUAAUAAUAAUAAUAAUAAUAAUAAUAAUAAUAAUAAUAAUAAUAAUAAUAAUAAUAAUAAUAAUAAUAAUAAUAAUAAUAAUAAUAAUAAUAAUAAUAAUAAUAAUAAUAAUAAUAAUAAUAAUAAUAAUAAUUAAGCGAUAUGUGUUUAAGGUCCCUACUUCCAUGCGUGGCAUUCCUCCGCGCUCCUUAAGGAGCCGUGCCGGCACGAGCGAAAAGGAUGGACUUCCAUCACUGGUUCUCUGAGCCCAGGCCGGAACCCCUGGUUUCUCGGUAGUGGUUCCCUAUUGGGUCGUCGCCGACCGUCGCCGGGCACCACCAUUUCCAACUCAGCCUUCCGCCCCGAAUUUACGCCAGUCUUUGCCUCCGGUUGGCCAGAUCGCCCCGUUUGGGGCCCUUUUACCUGGAGAGACCGCCUUCUUGGUCGUCUAAUCUGCCUCCCCUUUUCCCAGCUUAUCCGCUUGAGAAAAUCCUCAAUCGCUUCCGCGAUUCGGGGCAAACCACAGUAGCAGCUUGAGCAGGUAAGUCGCCCUGCUCCAUUUCGGGCACCCACUGGCUUGGGCGCUGCUGGAAAAAGAAGAUGCUCCUAACUGCCCUAGGAUCUGGACACGAUCAGCGGGUCUGUGUUUGUCCCCGGUCGCCACCAGGGUCCAGAUAUUGCUGGGCUAAGUCGCUUCUUCAGAAAACCCAUGCCCGGAUAUACACGGGUUACCGUCACUGAGAGGACAGGUCGGUCGCCAUACGCCAUUUUAUGUAUAUUAUAAAUCUAUCAAUUAAAGUAAUUUUUUCCUUCAAAAUAUUUUAUAUUAUAUUUAAUUUAAUUAGUUAAAAGACUUAAUUCUCUAUUCAUAAUUUGAAAAAUAAUAUCUUUACGCCUAUAUUUUCUUUAUUUUUUAAAUAAUUCAAAAUGAAUAUUAUAUUUUUAAUUAUUAAAACGUUUAAAAAAAAUUAUUAAUAAAAAUAUAACGAGCAGGCUUACUAUAAGAAAGCUAGAGAUUAAGGUAAUUUCCAGUCAGAUUGGAACAAUAGGAGACUAUAUAAAAACAGGCGAUCACUUGACUUGUGAUAUCGCUUCAAACGAUAUUUGGAUUGAUGUCCAAGUGGAAUGCAGCCUAAUUCAACUAGUGAUUUCAUUUGAAAUCAAAGUUUCUUUUACCAUUCCAAACGAAACGUUACAAUACUCGCUCGUGGAAAUUGUCAACAAGGUUCUUAAUACAAGAAGUGUCCCUUUUCAGUAUGAAGAGUCAGAUAUCCAGCUGAAAAAAGUGCUUAUAGAGCAGCAGCAAACUGAAGGAUCUCAAGAUUAUAAGAAAAAUGCAGCUGGACCUAACAUUAAUAGGAAACUGGCUGUGGAUCUACGUAAAGGUCAACAAGUGGGGGAUGAACUGGAUUAUUUAAAUAGAUACGUAAUUUGCUCAUUGGAAAAGAGAAAAAAAAGCGAAUUUGACCUGAGCCAAGCUGCAAAUAGCUCGCAUAGUUAUACAGUCAAUGAUACAUUUAAUGAUUUAACGUGCACUUUUCCAAUCCGGUCGCUGAAGGUUGAGCCAAAGGUGUAUAGUAACCCUUAUGAGAUGAAGUCUCAUAAUAAAAUCCAAAAUGAAUCAAUGAGUCGACAGAAAAUGUGCCAUUGCGAUUGCUUUUAG